AUCAUUUUUCUCACACACAUAAUUCAUAAAGGAAAGGAAAGGGGGUGAAAAUACCUUUGCGCACUUUCUCUCUCUCUAUCUCUAUUUUCUUGCUUUGCUCAACUCAAAGUACACGGCUGACCUCUCCGUUCACAACUCCACCUCAAUCGAUAGAGGGAUUUUGCGUUUAGGUCGAAGACUGUGCUAUUGUAGACCGACGUUUUUUGAAUUCCUUUAUAUUGACCUGAGGAAUGAUUAUUACUGAUCGAAUUAUCGUAGAAUAAGUUGAGAGGUGUCUUCUCCAUUAGUAGAGAACAAAACGACAAUGACACCAUUAUCAAUAUCUUCAGUUCGAUAAAAUCCAUAACUGAGUAAAACAAAAAAAUGGGAGGCUGCUGUUGCUGCUUUUCUAAAGGAGUAGAACUCAACACUUCACCCCGAUUCUAUCAUUAUCCAAUAGCAUCAGAGGAGCGGCAACCUUUGUCAUCAUCAAACAGUGGUGGAGUUUCUGCACUUUCUACAGGGCUUUUAGUCGAUACAAAUCUUGAAACUUCUUCAAUACCAGAUACAUAUAGACCUCCCCCUGCCCCUAUCCCAUAUGAUGUAAAUGUUGACCAUCAUCCAAGAAGUCCACUCAGUAACAAUCGAGAAGCUUCUGGUGUUGGAGAAAUAACCAUCAGUAGCAACAACAGUCCCAGUGGCGAAACUGUAAUUAAGGAAACAAAAGGGUCUGAAUGUAAAGACCUUACAAAUAUUGAACUUGUUGCAACAAAAGAAGUAGAAGAUGAUCUUGACAAGUCUGGUGAACUCAAGAAGCCUACUGGACCUAUUUUGCCCCCUGAGGAAUGUCCCACCUGUCUUGAAGAAUAUGAUGAAGAAAACCCAAAAAUAAUAACGAAAUGUGAACAUCAUUUUCACUUGUCAUGCAUUCUUGAAUGGAUGGAAAGAAGUGACACGUGCCCUGUGUGUGAUCAGGAGAUGAUAAUCAACUUUCCCAUCAACGAAUAGCAAGAAAUGCAUUGUGGGGGGGUUUGGAUUACUAGCAACCACCGUUUGGAUUUGAUUUUUUUUUUUAAUUGGAAAAACAAAUAAAAACUUUGAAAAAACUAAAACCAACAAGAAAAGCAGUAUCAGUGAAGUUGGUUUGAAGAACAAAAAAUGUUGGAAAAUGAAUAUUAUUUUGUACAGAAGUUUUCAGGAGUCAUGAUGUUGGUUUUUUUUAUACUUGUUUGUAGAAAGAAUUUUAUGUGCAUGAUUUGAUUUCACAAAUAGAUGUCACUUCAUGUUUUAGUA